AUGAAUGAUUUGUUGACCUUUUAUCGUUAUUUAAAGUAAAACCGGAUAACGUCGGUUAAGAUGAUUCACGAACUCUUGCUGGCGUUGAGCGGAUACCCCGGAACUAUUUUCACAUGCAACAAACGGACGGGUUUGCAGGUGUCUCAAGACCUCCCUUUUCUUCAUCCCAGUGAGACCAGUGCCCUCAAUCGCCUCUGCAAGCUGGGGUCAGACUACAUCCGCUUCACAGAAUUUAUAGAACAACACACAGGCCAUGUGCACCAACAAGAGCAUCACACAAACCAGCCCAACCAGGCUAGUCUUAAUGGGAUAUAUCUGCGGGCUUUCUGCACCGGGCUGGACUCUAUGCUACAGCCCUACAGACAGGCCCUACUGGAUCUCGAGCAAGAAUUCCUUGGAGAUCCGCAUCUUUCAAUAUCCCAUGUGAAUUAUAUGCUGGAUCAGUUCCAGCUGCUCUUCCCUUCUGUGAUGGUGGUGGUUGAGACGAUAAGAUCACAGAAGAUCCAUGGUUGUCAAAUCCUGGAGACAGUCUACAAGCACAGCUGUGGAGGACUUCCACCUGUACGCAUUGCCUUGGAGAAGAUUCUGGCUGUGUGUCACGGGGUGAUGUACAAGCAGCUAGCUGCCUGGAUGCUGCAUGGUUUACUGCUGGACCAGAGUGAGGAGUUCUUUGUUAAACAGGGUCCCAGCGCAGGAGGAGCUGCUGUCAGUCAAGAAGAGGAGGAGGAGGACCUGGGAAUAGGCGGUUUGAGUGGUAAACAACUGAGAGAACUGCAGGAUCUGAGAUUAAUUGAGGAGGAGAACAUGCUCGCUCCUUCUCUCCAGCAGUUCUCCUUGCGAACAGAGAUGUUACCUUCUUACAUUCCCAUUCGAGUGGCUGAGAAAAUCCUGUUUGUCGGAGAAUCCGUCCAGAUGUUUGAAAACCACAACCACAGUCCAUCCAGAGCUGGCUCUAUAUUGAAGCAUCAGGAGGACAUGUUUGCUGCUGAGUUACAUAGACUCAAACAGCAGCCCCUUUUCAGCCUGGUGGACUUUGAGAAUCUGAUCGAUGGUAUCAGGAGCACAGUGGCAGAGCAUCUGUGGACAUUGAUGGUGGAGGAGUCGGAUCUGCUGGGACAGCUCAAGAUUAUCAAAGACUUCUACCUGCUGGGCCGUGGAGAGCUGUACCAGGUCUUCAUCGACCACGCGCAGCACAUGCUUAAGAGCCCUCCCACGGCAGUCACAGAGCACGAUGUAAAUGUUGCGUUCCAGCAGGCAGCUCAUAAGGUGCUACUGGAUGAUGACAACCUCCUGCCCCUCCUUCACCUCACCAUAGACUACCAAGGAAAAGACAGCAAAGAGACGAUGGGUGCUAGAGACGGAGCCACUCCACCACAGGACACCUCUCCUCGUGAGGUCCCUCCCACAGGCUGGGCUGCUCUAGGGCUGGCCUACAAGGUCCAGUGGCCUCUGCACAUCCUCUUCACUCCUGCCGUCCUGGAGAAAUACAAUGUGGUGUUCCGGUACCUUCUGAGUGUUCGGCGCGUGCAGUCGGAGCUGCAGCACUGCUGGGCCCUGCAGAUGCAGAGGAAACACCUCAAGUCCAACCAGACAGACGCCGCUAAAUGGAGGCUACGAAACCAUAUGGCUUUCCUAGUCGACAACCUGCAGUAUUACUUACAGGUGGACGUGCUGGAGUCUCAGUUCUCUCAGCUCCUCCAGCAGAUCAACUCCACCAGAGACUUUGAGAGCAUCCGACUUGCCCACGACCAUUUCCUCAGCAACCUGCUGGCCCAGUCCUUCAUCCUGCUCAAACCGGUGUUCCACUGUCUGAAUGAGAUCCUAGAGCUGUGCCACAACUUCUGCUUGCUGGUUAGUCAAAAUGUGGCUCCACUGGAUGAAAGGGGAGCAGCCCAGCUGGACAUCCUGGUCAAGGGCUUCAGUCGCCAGUCCUUCCUGCUUUUCAAGAUCCUGUCGACCGUCAGAAACCAUCAAAUCAACUCUGACCUGGCUCAACUCCUCCUCAGGCUGGACUAUAACAAGUAUUACACCCAGGCCGGAGGCACGCUGGGCAGCUUUUGAAUCGUUGAGACGGAGAACAAAUUUUGAGCAAGUCGCAGCUACACCGCCACUGGAUGGAAAAGCAGAACCACACACUGCCUGUGAAUCCCAUUUUAUGCUUUGUGUUGCCCAAAUCCUUCCGUUGUUUUUGUAAGAUCUGGCUGGUUCCUACACAGAAUCUACUCCUCUUGUAUAAAAUGUAUAUAAUGACGUGUGUGUAGCCUUUUCUAAAAAAUAAACAAGUAAAA